GUGCUCUCUGUCAUCACAAGGACAGAGAGAGAGAGAGAGUUAGAGAGAGAGAGAGACUGUGCCUGUUUCUCAUUCCAUUCGUACACCCCCCCCCCACACACACACACACACACUGUCUGCUUUGACUGUUUCUGCAGCGACUGGAGAAGCCGUGACGUGACCACAGGUUGCUGUCGAGGAUGGCGGGGAUGAAGGAGCAGCAGUUCACCGAGGAGAAGCCCCUGCUGCCGGAGCAGAGAGGAGCAGAUUCAGACAUGCAGGAUAAAGGAGAGGAGGCAUCAGGGGGGAACCCCUGCCCUGCCAGCCCCGAACCCCUUAACAACCCCCCUCCCCCCAGCCGCACCACUCACCGCUGGCACGUCAUUGCGCGGCACUGGCUCCGCCAGACUCGCCGUCGGACCGGCGGGGUCCUCCCGGAAAGCUGUGAGCAGCUGAUGCCGGCAGGAGAUUGGAAGGAACAUGAUGUUGAGACCCCUCAUGGAAUGCUGCACGUGGUGAUCCGCGGAGCACCCAAAGGAAACAAACCUGCCAUCCUUACCUACCACGACGUGGGACUGAACCACAAGCUGUGCUUCAAUGCAUUCUUCAAUAAUGACGAUAUGCAGGAGAUCACAAAGCACUUUGUGGUUUGCCAUGUCGACGCCCCAGGGCAGCAGGUCGGAGCGCCACAGUUCCCACAGGGGUACCAGUACCCGACCAUGGACCAGCUGGCCGGGAUGCUGUCCACCGUGGUUCAGCAGUUUGAAUUCAAGAGCAUCGUUGGGAUCGGUGUUGGUGCUGGAGCCUAUAUUCUGGCUAAGUUUGCUCUGAUGUUCCCUGAUCUGGUGGAGGGUUUGGUUUUGCUCAACAUCGACCCCAACGGCAAAGGCUGGAUUGACUGGGCGGCCUCUAAGCUCUCAGGUUUGACGAGCACUUUGCCAGAUACCAUGCUGCCGCACCUUUUCAGCCAGGACGAGCUGAUGAGCAACACAGACCUGGUGCAGAGCUACCGACAACAGAUCUCCAACACUAUCAAUCACUUUAACCUACACCUUUUCUGGAAUAUGUACAACAGUCGGAGGGACUUAGAGAUGAACCGCGGUGGGUCCGUGCUCAACGCUAAAACCCUGAAGUGUCCCGUGAUGCUGGUUGUGGGAGACAACGCCCCUGCUGAAGAAGGAGUGGUUGAAUGCAACUCCAAACUAGACCCAACAAAUACCACCUUCCUAAAGAUGGCUGAUUCUGGUGGACUUCCUCAGCUCACACAGCCUGGAAAGCUGACUGAAGCCUUCAAGUACUUCUUACAGGGAAUGGGCUACAUCGCUUAUGUGAAGGAUCGGAGGUUGAGUGGAGGGCCAGUGCCCUCCGCUAGUAUGACCCGCCUGGCUCGCUCCAGGACGGCCUCCCUGACCAGCGCCAGCUCUGCAGAAGGGUCCCGCUCUCGGGCCUGCACCCACUCCGACAGCACCGAGGCGGUCGGCACGGUCACCCACACCAUGGAGGUGUCCUGCUGAGAAAACGGCCUGCUGUGGAAAGAGGGAAUAACAGGAGGAGGGAUGGACAGAGAGAGAGGAAGGAUGAAGGGGAGAAAGGGAGUGGUAUGAGGGAAGGAUGAAGGUGGGAGAGUAGGUGGGGCAACAGUGAAGCUAGCUCUCUGUUUUCAUCCAUCUCCUCCUGAUCCCUUUGCCAUUUUCUUCCCUAAUCCGCUGUAAAAUUCCGUAUGUAUUCCUACUAAAUGACACCUUUAAAUAUCCACCUCGGCU